GAGACUUUGUGUUGGAGGGUCUGUCACUCCAGCUUGGCUGGGCCCCGGCUGAACGCAAUGGACUCUGCUUUACCCCCAGUUCUCUCUGCUGACCUAAGGCUGCUCCGUGACUCCUAAACUGGCCUGGCUUGACAAUGCUGCCGAGUGUCACUGCAAACCCAGGCUGGGGUGUGGGAGCCCCCGAAGAGCGGCCAGGUCUACGGCGCUGUGAUGCAUGUGAACCGCGGGAACCCGGCUGGCCAGGAGGUGCUGGUGGAUUCAUGGCCAGAGUUCAAAAUGGUCCUCACCCGGCCACGCAGAGAAUGUCCCCCCUGCAGGUGGCGCGGGACCCAAGUGAUUAUUUCACCAACUUGUACACGGCCUUUUACCGGGACGAGGGCGCCUGCCGGGCCCUGCUGGGGAACAGCCGCGCCAUCGACUGGGGCCAGGCCUUCCAGAUACUGGGGCUGCAGGACGGGGUACAUGAGAGCAUCAGGAACAUCGCCAGGGCCAGGGGGCUUGAGAUGGAGACGCAUCCGCACCGGCUACUACUCCACCCAGACCCGCCUGCCAUGCCCCAGUACCGGCCUGAGAAGGGGCUCAGGCUGGCCCCCGUGUCCCCCGCCCAUGCCAUGCUGCUCAACGACACCUGGACGUUUGGGGGGAACAGCUGGAGCCUGCGCUACCUGAGCUGCCUGAUCCGCCACUUCCCCAACGCCUGCCUGCUGGACCCUGAGGGGACCCCCAUCUCCUGGUGCCUCACCGACCCGCUGGCUGCCCUGACACACGGUUACACCCUCCCGGAGCAUCGUGGCCAGUGCCACUUCGGAUCCGUGGUGGGGACGCUGGCAGCACAGUUGCAUGCCCGCAGCUUCCCUGUUUACACCCGGGUGCUGCCCCACAACGAGCCUUCACUGCACGCCCUGCAACGCCUCGGCUUCCGCAUCCUGCCUGGGGUGUUCUACCUGCUGGUGGUGAGGCCCGGGUUCGCCCAGUCCCAGCCAGCCAGUGCCCUGGACUCGGCCCAGGACCCUGCGCCCAGCUCUGGGGAACGGCAACACGCCCAACAGCACGUAGCACAGGGGGAGGGGAGCGGAGGAGAAGAGGACACGGCCUAGGGCCCUGCACCCAGCUCUGGGGGACAGCCACGCUCUGCCAGCACAUAGCCCUGGGGGAGGGGAGGAGAUGGGGACACAGCCCAGCCAUGCCCAGGGACCUCCUGCUCUGCUACCCCCCAUGAAGGGGACACACUGACCAGGCACCAGGGGAGCUCAGCUGUCAGCCCUUGGGAAGCCUGGGCCUGGUGGAGGAGACUCUCUCAUGCUCCAUUAUCCCCUGCAGCAGGGCAGAGGCUCAGUAGGGGGCGCUCUCCCCUGGCAGUCAGGGCUGGCCCCAAAGAGACCAGGGUGAGGGCUCAGCAGGGGGUCUCUCUCGCUCCCUUCCCCAGGCAGUUUGUUGCUCGGCUGGGCCUGUGGUGGUGGUGUGGGGGGGUCCCCGUUCCAGGUGCUGCGCCUGGUCUUGCCAGAGCUUUGGUGCAAGCUCCCUUGGGCUCCGAGCACAUGUCCCAGCUGUGGCCCACCUCUGACCUCCCCUGUGGUGAUAGGGGGCAGGUGCUGGCCUUGCACGGCUGCUCCAGGGCCAGCAGCCAGCUGGAAAGCCAGGCCAGGGCUUGUGUUUAUGCUGGUGCACUACAGGGGGGAGGGAAGCAGUCACAGGACCCCCACCCCCCGUAGAGCCCUGCUGGGCCCAAACCCCGAUAGUGUAGA